AGUAAGACAUGAAUCCCUUUCGAUGUCUAUUUCUCAUCAUUAUUGUGACAUUCAAUGCCUUUUGUCAACAAUUGGGUCCUUUCGUUGAGAUUCUAAGGAAAGGUCGGUCCAGUCGUGACACUAACUGGAAAAUGGAUGAAAUAUUGCCAUCAAAUUAUAACUAUUUGGUCGCUCCCGUUGUCAAUAACACUGCCGUUCAAAUUGAUGUCUCUCUAUCUCUCCUCUCCUUCCGAUCAAUCAAAGAGAAAUCAUUGUCGUUUGAAGUGGAAGUGUUUCUCCAUCAGUACUGGUCUGAUGUGAGACUUCGUUCGCCGACAGGAGUGGACACCAAAACUAAGAUACGCCUAAACAAGAGCUGGAAAGACAAACUAUGGACACCCGACACAUACUUUCCCAAUGCGAUCGACGGCUCGGUCUCCAAUAUAAUGGAUCCAAUCGUUUACUUAACAAUUGAAAACCAAACCAAAGUCUUUAUGGCGGUUAAGAUGACACUUGAAUUCAGUUGUGACAUGAAUUUCGCUAAAUAUCCUUUUGAUACACAGAAAUGUAGUCUCGAGUUAUCCAGU